GCGUGAAUAACAUCAGCACGAAAUGAAUGCUCGGGGAUUGGGCGAGCGUCCCCAGAUGUGUGGUUCAACAGCAGUAGGCGGCGCUAGAGAAGUGGAUAGUGACUAGCAGUGUCCUAGCAUUCAUCCUGGGCGCGCGGCCGUCGGAAACCCCCAGUUUAGGACGCUCUGAUUGCUGUGCAUGUCUGCUUCAUCCCACGGAAACGUUUCGGCGACGCCUGUGCUUGGCCCAGGGCCAGCCUAACUCUUCCUCUUACCCUAUCAACCGCCACCACAGACCGAGACAUUUGCAGCCUGCUACUUAUAAGUGUAGGCCCCCGGGAGCCCUUAUCUCUCCCCUCAUUCACAUAUCUCCUCUCCACCACUCUAUAUCCACCCCUCCUAAGUACGAGGUCUUGUCGCCAGACACCAACACUCUUCUCUCCAUCCUUCAUUCCUCCCUCUAAUACACAUCACAACCGCAGUCAUGGCUGGUUCAACAAUCAUCUCCAACACGGCAACUCUCCAGAAAUACCUCAGUCUUCCCCAGAAGGACAAGGUCAUCGCCGAAUACGUCUGGAUUGACGGCUCCAACGGUAUCCGCUCAAAGUCAAAGACCCUCUUCAAGAAGGUCUCAAGUCUUGAGGACCUCCCAGAAUGGAACUUUGACGGUUCGUCAACGGGCCAGGCGCCCGGUAACAACUCCGAUGUCUACCUCCGUCCCGUCGCAUACUACCCCGACCCCUUCCGUCUCGGCGACAAUGUCCUCGUCAUGUGCGAGACCUACAUGUCGGAUGGCAGCCCCAACGCAUACAACUUCCGCCACGACGCUGCCAUCAUCUUCAAGGAGCACAAGAAUCACGAGUUCUGGUUCGGUCUCGAGCAGGAGUACACUCUCCUCGACGAGUUUGGCUGGCCCUAUGGCUGGCCCAAGAACGGCUUCCCUGCUCCUCAGGGCCCCUACUACUGCGGUGUAGGUACCGGCAAGGUCUUCUGCCGUGACAUCGUCGAAGCCCACUACAAGGCCUGCCUGUACGCCAACAUCAACAUCUCCGGCACCAACGCUGAGGUCAUGCCCGCCCAGUGGGAGUACCAGGUCGGUCCCUGCGAGGACAUCCAGAUGGGUGACCAGCUCUGGAUGUCGCGCUUCAUCCUGCACCGCGUCGCUGAGGAGUUCGGCGCCAAGGUGACCUUCGCUCCCAAGCCCAUCCCUGGCGACUGGAACGGCGCUGGUCUGCACACCAACGUCUCGACUAAGGAGACCCGUGAGGAGGGCGGCAUGAAGGCUAUCGAGGCCGCCAUGGAGAAGCUCGCUGGCCGCCAGAAGGAGCACAUGUCUGUCUACGGCGAGGACAACCAGCUGCGCAUGACCGGCAAGCACGAGACAUCGUCGUAUGACAAGUUCUCCUGGGGCGUUGCCAACCGCGGCUCCUCCGUCCGCAUUCCCCGCGCCGUCGCUGCUGAGAACAAGGGCUACUUCGAGGACCGCCGCCCCGCCUCCAACGGCGACCCAUACCAGAUCACCGGUAUCAUGGCCGAGACAAUGUUCGGCAAGGUUGAGGGUGCCGACGUAGCCAAGUUCGCCGCCAAGGCGGAAGAGGUCGAGCAGGAGAUGAUUGUCCCUGUUGCGAAGCCGUAA